CUCGCGAGACAGUUCAACAGCUGUGCCAUCAGCGGAUUUUAUGACGAACAAGCUAACAUAUCUGUCUAAAAACAGUUAUUUUUUUUACUUCUUUUCAGCAGUAUGUAACCCAUGACUCUCGAUACGGGUGUAGUUUGUGCUCCACGCCCUCCCUCCUCGAGCUCUAUCGUUAUCUUGUGUCAAGCCAGACCAGAGAGGAAAAUGAAUAUGUGACCACCAGCUCAAACAGAGAGGAGUAAGCAAGACAGAGGCUUCCUAUCACUUGUUGCAGCCCAGGAGCAGGAGACCAGGUGGGACAGCCAGCAAGCUAACAAGCUGUGUCAUGAUGUCGGAGGCACAGGAGACAGGAUCUCUUGGUUCAGAGGGAGACACACCAGAGUCCACAGCAGAACACAUGUCCAGCGAUACUCAACAGGUCGAAGGUGGAGCAUCUUUGUCCUCGCCUGGGGCCUCCACUCAUCCUUCUGCCACCACAGCAACAGAGGAUGAGGAUGAGAGUGAAGAUGAGUCAGAAAUCCUGGAAGAGAGUCCCUGUGGCCGCUGGCAGAAACGCAAAGAGGAGGUGAAUCAGCGUAAUGUCCCAGGAAUAGAUGCUGCGUACUUGGCCAUGGACACAGAGGAAGGGGUGGAGGUAGUAUGGAAUGAAGUCAUGAUCUCACAGAGGAAGAACUUCAAAGCGCUGCAGGAGAAAGUGAAGGCAGUAUUUGAUAACCUCGUCCAUUUGGAACAUGCAAACAUCGUCAAAUUCCAUAAGUACUGGGCCGACACGAAGGAGAACCGGGCCAGGGUGAUUUUCAUCACUGAAUAUAUGUCAUCAGGAAGCUUGAAGCAGUUUCUAAAGAAGACAAAGAAGAAUCACAAAACCAUGAAUGAAAAGGCUUGGAAGAGAUGGUGCACACAGAUCCUGUCUGCUCUCAGUUAUCUCCACUCAUGUGACCCUCCCAUUAUCCAUGGCAACCUCACCUGUGACACCAUCUUCAUCCAACACAAUGGGCUCAUCAAGAUUGGAUCAGUUGCCCCAGACACCAUUAACAACAACGUGAAGACGUGUCAUGAGGAACAGAAGAAUUUGCACUUCUGUGCCCCAGAAUAUGGAGCUGUUGAUGAUGUCACCACACGUGUAGACAUCUACUCGUUUGGCAUGUGUGCCUUAGAGAUGGCGCUCUUGGAAAUCCAGGGCAAUGGAGAGUCCUCUUUCAUUUCUCAGGAGGCCAUCGACAAUGCCAUACAGUUACUGGAAGACCCACUGCAGAGGGAGUUAAUCAAGAAGUGCCUGGAGUGUGAUCCCAGUACACGGCCUACAGCCAGAGAGCUGCUGUUUAACCAAGCUCUGUUUGAAGUACCGCUGUUAAAACUGCUGGCUGCACAUUGUAUUGUCAGCCACCACCAUAUGAUUCCUGAAAAUGCCCUGGAGGAGAUUACUAAGAACUUGGAUCCCAACCUGGUCAUCGCUGAGAAGAAAGAAGAUGUUCAGCUCAAGCUUUCACAGUUUCCUGCCUUGGAGCUUGAUAAAUUCCUGGAGGAUGUGAGGAACGGUAUUUAUCCUUUGACUGCGUUCGGGUUGCCCUGUGCUCAGCAGCCUCCACAGGAAACUGUAAAAACUCCCAUUGUCAUCCCCUUGGUCAAAUCCCCGACCCCCGAACCUGCAGAGCUCGAGACACGGCAGGUCAUUCAGAUGCAGUGUAACGUUGAAUCUGUUGAGGAGGGAGCAAAGUAUCAUCUAACAUUACUGCUGAAACUGGAGGAUAAACUGAAUAGACAUCUAAGCUGUGACAUGUUACCUCAUGAGAAUGUUCAAGAGUUGGCUGAAGAGUUGGUGCAGCUGGGCUUAAUCAGUGAGGUGGACCAAAACAAAAUAGCUGAUCUACUAGAGGAAUCAUUAAGCCAAGCUCUUCACCAGUGACGGUUUCCUCGACUGUUACCGUCUCAUUCUCAGUAUGCUCGCUCUCAACCCUGUCACGUGUUGUUUUUUUGUUACUUAACAUGGUUAUUGUAGUUACUGAUUUUUUUUAAUGUAUUUUCUGUUAAGCCUUAGGUGGUAAUGUGACCAAAAGAGUGGGUUUUUCCUCUUUGUCAGGGAUUAACCUUCUGGAAGGCAACAAAAGCUUUAACAUGAAGCCAAUUUUAGAGUCCAGGUGACCCCACAGAAGUCAAAACAUGCAUACAAAUGUGUCUCAAUAGUCCUGACUAGAUUACAGCUUUACCUUUAAACACACUUUUUCCUCAAGCUACAGUUGUGUUGAAGUGUGAGGUGUUAACAUGUCAGGAGACGGUCUAAAACAUAAUCAAGACUGAUUCGGACCACACCUGUCGCUACUUCUAAAUUUUAACGAUUAGAUCCACUUCUGCUGACAACCAGCUAAACUAAAGCUUCCCCAGAGAUGAAGGGAUACAUUUCUAUCCAAAGAAAGUUUUACAAUGUAAGCCAAGUCAUUCUUUCUGGAUCCUCUUUUAUUUGGCUGCCUUUUGUUUAGCUUCAUAUGAACAUUAACAUACGAACAUCCACGGCUCUGUGACUUACCGAUCAGGUUAAAUGGACGUAAUAGUUUGAAAACUGGAUGCGACUCUCUUAGCUGACUGUAUAAUAGACCUAUGAUGAAUAUUUUUAUAAGGCCUUUAAUACAGAAGACAAUGUCUGUGCACCACCGCAUAUCACUCUUCGGGCAGUGUAAGUACUUUGAGGUACUGUGAACUCAGUGUUACUGAAUAUUCUUUUAUGUGUUUUUAUAUUUUGCUGGACCGUGUGCUUCAUGCUGGGCCUACGCACAAGCCUUAAAGUCCUCUGUUCUCUCUUUUUAUCACUUAAUUCAUUGUUUUACCUUUGCUGCUCGUUGGGUUCACACACGCUACUCUGCCUGUAAAGCUCAUCGAUAUGAGUCUUGUGUACUGAACACUGCUGCCAUAUGCUGUAGAAAGAGGACCUAGCCUUUUCCUGAUUCAUCUGUUAGAGCAUCGUAUGUUUUAUUUAUGUUACAAACACUGUACGGCAUGUAUUUAUUCCCCUUUUGUUUACUAUGACUUCACACACUGACCACGUCGUUGAGAGUCGGGGCCAGUGCGCAACUUCUCUUCUUUCUGUUGCUAUUGUUUUCAGGUGGGACUCAGAGGGUUGACAUCAUGCUUCCCAGAGUGCAGAUGCUUUUAAACACAAAACGUUACAUCAUACAUGUCUUGUCUAGACUUGUAUUGACAUCAAGGAGCCGCCUGUGGUGUUUUUGUGACGUCUUGGCGAAGAACUCUUUGUUGACUUACUGUUACUACUGCGUCUGAAAGUUCAUGUAAUGACAGACCUUAAAGAUAUACUGUGCAGGAUUGGCUGUUACUGCUUGUAAACAUGUUGGCCAGUGAAAGUUAGAGUAGAAACCAACCCCAGAUUCACUCUUGGUUGGCGUUUCAUCUCGCUGUAAUUGUU